UUUUAUUUAAUUUAUUAUUAAGCUGGGGAAAAAUAAGGGGAGUGAAAGAGAGAGAAGGCAGCGAAGAAUGAAACCCUGGGUCUGGGCCAUUAGGAGUACAUCGACCACGACCACAACCACAACCACAACCACAACAACCACUCCGACUCCGAGCGCUACUCUUGUUUGUAGUACAACAACCACACUACUCUCAAACCCAUUGCUACUGCCAUUAGUUUUAGUACCAUCCUUACUGAUUCGUCGUUAUAAAAAGUCAGCUUCAGCUCAGCAGCUGCUGCUGCUAUUGCUAUUGCGGCUACAGCUACAACUAAAGCUAAGCAGCAUCACAAAAGCACGUCACAUUUUGCACAAACAGCCACAGCCACAGCCAUAGCCACAGCCACUAUGGGCAAUUGCGGCACUAGAGAGGAAUCUGCCGUUGUUUCUCAUGCUCAAGUUCCUCAGCUCCACAUGUUACCAACAACUCACGGUCACACCGACAAGGACAAGAAGUACAAUCGGUCCAUAUCAGAUCUGAGUGAUCCUUCUUCAACCCCUCGCAACUUCGAGGACUCCAGAAAGAAUGCUCUCCUCUACACUCACGUUAUUGCCUUCACUUUGUACGAGCUCGAGACUAUCACCAAGAGUUUUCGCUCCGAUUACAUUCUAGGUGAAGGUGGUUUCGGCACUGUCUACAAGGGUUACAUUGACGAGAAUGUCAGAGUUGGCCUCAAAUCCCUCCCCGUUGCUGUUAAGGUUCUCAACAAAGAGGGCCUUCAGGGACACCGAGAGUGGCUUACCGAAGUUAAUUUUCUCGGCCAGCUUAGGCAUCCCAAUCUGGUGAAGUUGAUUGGAUAUUGUUGCGAGGAUGACCACAGGUUACUCGUUUACGAGUUCAUGUUCCGGGGCAGCCUUGAGAAUCACCUCUUUCGAAAGGCUGCUGUAUCAUUAUCAUGGGCCACAAGAAUGAUGAUUGCUCUUGGAGCUGCAAAAGGGCUUGCUUUUCUUCAUAAUGCUGAAAGGCCGGUUAUCUACAGGGACUUCAAAACCUCUAAUAUAUUAUUGGACUCUGAUUAUACAGCAAAGCUUUCUGAUUUUGGGCUUGCUAAAGCUGGACCACAAGGUGAUGAGACCCAUGUGUCAACUCGAGUAAUGGGAACCUAUGGUUAUGCUGCCCCUGAAUAUGUGAUGACCGGGCAUCUGACUGCCAGGAGUGAUGUGUACAGCUUUGGAGUCGUUCUUCUCGAGCUUUUGACAGGAAGAAAGUCUGUUGAUAAGACAAGACCGAGCAAAGAGCAGAAUCUGGUAGAUUGGGCCCGGCCAAAACUGAAUGACAAGAGAAAGUUGCUUCAAAUAAUCGACCCAAGAUUGGAGAAUCAGUAUUCAGUAAGGGCAGCACAGAAAGCCUGCAGCUUGGCAUACUAUUGUUUGAGCCAGAAUCCCAAAGCAAGGCCCUUGAUGAGUGAUGUAGUUGAAACUUUGGAACCUCUACAAAGCUGUGGUGAUAGUGUGAAUGAAUACUCAUCAUCAUCGACUGUUGGUAGCGGUGCAUUUGCCAUGGGUGGAAUCCCAGAUUACCGGAUGCAUCACAGGUUUGUCAAUAAUGUUGGUCCAGGUGCUAGUUGUCGAUCUCCCAACCCAAAUUGUUCCCCUGGGGGACCUGCAGCAUGCAGGGUUAGAUGAGAAAUCUGACCUAUCUGUAUACUUGUUUGGUGUGCUUUUCCUCCCAACCCCCGUAUUGAGAUGACAAUAUGGCUUUGUUUGCGUCUUUGUAAUUCAUGUACAUCUUAUCCUGGUGACCCCAAGCCUUUGUUGAUUAUUUUUCUUCGGCUUGGUGCUGUAUCAGUUUGUUGUCGCAUUUGCUUACCAAACGGGAAUUGCCAUGUGAAAAGCUAUUUUACUGUGUAAACAUUAGUUGCAGAAUUGCGAGGUGAAUGCCAAAAAAUGUAUUGUGCCACAUCCUUAUCAUCAUUGUCAUGAUUAUUGUUUUUAUUUUUUGGGUAAAUGUCAUGAUUAUUGUUAUUAUUAUAUUUGUGAGCUCCAUGGUAGUAUGGGCUCAGGUGAACCGAUAGAUAUUGACGCUUUUUGAGUGGGCAUAUCCUGACAAUUUAGUAGAAUAGAGCUUGGUUAACUUUUUAAAUUAUUGGGCAUUGGCCAUCAGCAUUUGAAAAGGAAGUGCCCAUAUAAAGCCUGAAAACUUGAGUUGUCUGGUCUGGUGGUUGAUUCCCCUUGUCCCCGGAGACAAAAAUAUCAAUUUCAUUGCCCCACUUCCCCAACAACCCUAUUCUCCACUACUCUCCACCACACAAUUCUAUUAAAACACUGUUAUCUGUCUCUCUUGUGCACUUGUGCAUGCCUGUGUGUUCAUCCGUAAGCCAUGGACAGCUUCGCAAUUAAUUACAAGUUAUUAUUGUCACUAUUCAUCUUGGUUCAGUUCAUCAUCAUUCCAGGAUCCUACGCGGAGCUGAUGCCAAAUGAGCAAUCAACCGCAAUAUUACAGCCCAUGGGUCCAACCAAGUACCAGCUGUUCGAGGCUAGUUCUCAUGAUGCACGACGAAGGCUAGCACCCUUUCAGCUUUGUUUGCCAUGCAAGUGUUGCGCUGCUGCCACCAAUACCAGCUGCACCACCUUGCCUUGCUGCUUUGGUAUCGACUGCCAGCUUCCCAACAAGCCUUACGGAGUUUGUGCUUUUGUGCCCAAGAAAUGCGACUGUAUCUCUUGUGCUGUCUAACCUUUCCGUCUUCACCUUCCAUUCCAUCCUCUUAUCACCUCUACUCUCCCACGUAAGCCCAACUAGUCUUGGAACCCCUAAAAAAAAAACCAGUUCUAAUAUCAAAUCUGCUAUGUGCCGGCAGACAAACCAUUUCGCAAACUGUACAAGUUUUUUCAGUUUUUAUAUACUCAACAUAUCUGUUACCAAAAUUUAACUUGAACAUCUGUUCUCGGUGCUAUUGCUAAAUAUAAUCACCCUUGUAUA